UCCCUUUUUUUUUUUCUUCCUUCCUCUCCAUCGUCCAUCCCAUUGAGCAGCUCGUCGUCCGGGAUCCUCCCUCCCUUCGCUCCGUUCCCUCUUCUUCUUCUUCUUCCUCCUCCUCAUCCUCUCCAUCCCUUCCGAGACGCAUCCGGCGACGCCGCGCGAUGCGACAAUGGCGCGUCCGCUGCGCACGUUGCUGCCUCCGCUGCUCGUCCGCCUGGCGCUGCGCCUGCGACUCUGCGCCUACUGGUCGCUCGUCGGCGCCUUUUGCGCGCUUUGCGGCGCCGCCGCGCUGCUGCGCCUCUGCUGGAGCGCCAUCGCGCGGCCGACGGCCACCUUCCGCUGGACGCCGCGCGAGGCGCCGCCGGCGUGUCUGCACGACACGUCCUUGGGCACGCAUUGCUACGUGCGCAUCAAGGAGUCGGGUCUGAGGUUCCACUACGUGGCGGCGGGCGAGCGGGGCAAGCCCCUCAUGCUCUUCCUGCACGGCUUCCCCGAGUUCUGGUUCUCCUGGCGCCACCAGCUGCGCGAGUUCAAGAGCGAGUUCCGAGUGGUGGCGGUGGACAUGCGAGGUUACGGCGAGUCGGACGUGCCGCUCGCCGCCGACAGCUACAGACCCGAGCUGCUGCUCACCGACGUCAAGGACAUGGUGGAGCACCUCGGUUACAACCGUUGCUUCCUGGUGGGUCACGACUGGGGCGGCACCAUCGCGUGGUUGUUUGCCAUCAACUACCCGGAGAUGGUGGUCAAGCUCAUCGUCCUCAACUGUCCGCACCCGUCUGUCCACGCGGACUACGCCUUGCGUCAUCCCAGCCAGAUGUUGAAGUGCAGUCACUUCUUCUUCUUCCAGCUGCCUCGCCUGCCCGAGCUCAUGCUCUCCAUUGACGACUUCAAGGCUCUGAAGGCCUUGUUCACCAGCCGCAGCACCGGAAUGGCCCGCAAAGGGAGAUGGCUGACGACGGAGGAGCUGGAAGCGUACCUGUACGCGCUGUCGCAGCCCGGAGCCUUGACGGCCGCGCUCAACUACUUCAGGAACGUUUUCAGCUCUCUGCCGCUGAGCCACAACCAGGUGCGGUCUCCGGUGCUCCUGCUGUGGGGCGAGCGCGACGCUUUUGUGGAGCAGGAGAUGGCCGAGGCGUGCCGCGUGCACAUCCGCAGCCACUUCCGCCUCAACGUUAUCUCGGGGGCCAGCCACUGGCUGCAGCAGGACCAGCCCGACAUCGUCAACACGCUCAUGUGGAUCUUCCUCAAGGAGGGCGACGGCCGCAAGGGCCACAGGAACUGACGGACGGACGGACGGGCGGGCGGGCGGCGGCGACCGCGCAAUCGCCAGGUUCAAAGCACACUUUGGGGGGCGGAUGCUGUUGAGAAGGACGCGGGGUGAAGACUUUCAUUGUUUACAGUGCAACCCAAAUCCACAUUUUGUUUGAUCACAGGCUUAUUUCAAAAUGGAAUCAAUUCUUUUUCACUUUCAGAAUAUGAGGAGAGGGAAAAAAUGUCAUCGACUUAUGUAAAUAAGGCUGACACCCAUCAAAAAGAGGACAAGGCGGAGGCACGGUUCAGCCAGCAUCACACAUGGCACCUAUUUAUUUUUUGUUGUUUCCACUUCCUGCAUCUUUUUUUCUGAAGGGGUGGACGUGUACUUCCUGUUUUGUACCACCGCAUGCAUUGCGAAAUUCACACAGCGACCAUUUUGAUUUUAUAAAUAAAUCCACUUCCUGUCA